UAAAUACCUCAUGCAGUUACAGAUUCAGUUUCAUCUGAUACUACCUUGGAAAUUCUCCAGAGAGUCGACAUGAGGCACAACAUUUCCAGGACCCAUGUUUUGAUCAUUUUACCACUUCUUCUCACUAUUUUGGGAGCUGCAUAUAUCUACUCAGGAGACACCAUCUCCUCUUUCAGAUUUUGGGGGCCAUGUGAGGAUAACCCUCAACUGCCUUUAACAGAUGCAAUGAAGGAUUUAAAGGUAAAAGACUGCCUGGAGAAUGGUAGCUGGAGGAUCAGAGACCUAAAAAUGCAAACUGGACUGCAUUAUGCCCAGCCAAGUACACAUAAAGGACGAACCGAUGUGAACUCUGUGACGAACUGGAACGCUCCUCUGGUUUGGGAUGGAACUUUUGAUCCUGUGGUCACCGAUGCAAUCUAUAAGAAAAUGGACCCGAGAGUUGCUGUGGUUGUGUUUGCUGUUGGAAAAUACACUCGUUUCCUGAAGGGCUUCCUGGAAUCAGGCAAAAAGUACUUUCUUGUAGGCUUCAGGGUUACUUACUACAUCUUCACCGACAACGAACAAGAAGUUCCCAAAGUUGAACUGGGUAGCGGUCAGAAGAUCUCAGUUAUCACGGUCCCCAGUGCCAAGCGCUGGCAAGAAGUAGUACUUGGCAGGAUGAAAUGGGCAACCAUCACCAUUGACAAACAGAUCCGCAAUGAAGCAGAUUAUCUUUUUAUGAUGGACAUUGACAGUGUUUUCUACAAUCCUGUCGGAGGCGAGUCUCUCAGUCAGCUGUCUGCUGUGCUUCACAGGGGCUACUACAAGAAUACCAACAGGGAUGCUUUUCCAUAUGAGCGUCGGCCCUUGUCAGAAGCCUACAUACCUGCUGGAGAGGGAGACUACUAUUACACUGCUGCUGUGUGGGGUGGAUACUUGGAGGAGAUGUACAAGCUUGUCAAAUACUGUUACAUGAAGUCAGAGGAGGACAAAAAGAACGGGAUUGAAGCUGUGUGGCAGGAAGAGAGUCACCUCAACAAAUACCUGCUGUACAACAAACCAACCAAGGUGCUGUCUCCAGAGUACCUGUGGUCAGACUAUGAUGCUGUACCAGCAGACAUUCGAGUCAAAAGGAUCUCCCAGCUGGUUAAGGACUAUAAGGAAGUGCGGCCAAAUGGUGGACACUGAUAUCAAGUCUAUGACAUACAGGACAGAAAACCUUGUUAUCUCACACACAGUACAGAAUCUGGAUCCAGUUGUGGUUUUACAAAUCAUGUCAAUUUUAAAGUUUUUAUGUCUAAUAAGUAAUGGCAAAAGUUUUUCAGGAGAAAUGUAAUCCAAAGACAACUGUGUUGAAUUGCAUUAUUGUUCAGGUUU